AUGGAAUCGAAUCAGCCAUCACGAUCAAAUCUGAAACGCAAGGUGAUCUCCGAAGAGUCCGAUUCCGAUUCCGAUUCCGGCAAACCCACAGCGGAAAAGAGGCUUAGGUUUCCAAAGGGGAAGAAGGCGAGGCUGGGAGAUGAAGCGGUAAAUAUACGCAGAGCCGAGGACGACGACGAGAUUGGGAUUGGGAUUGGGUUGGCGGACCCUCAUUCUGCCGCCAAAGAGCGAGAGAAGCGACGGAGCCAGAGAAAUCACGACAGGUUUGGGGAGGAUGGGAUUGGCGAAGAUGUGUCCAAGGCGGAAGUUUCAUACGAAGGAUUGGACUCUGAGAACUUGAUGGAGGAUGGGAUUCCAAUAGAGCCUUUCAACUUGGAUAAGGAGAGGGAAGAGGGUUAUUUUGAUGCGGAUGGGAAUUUUGUUGAAUAUGCCCCCAAUGAGAAGAACCAGGUCAAGGAUGCUUGGCUUGAUAGUGUUGAAGCUGGUGAGACAAAAUUAUAUGCUCGGAAAACAGAAGAUGAAGAUGGUGAUGGUGAUGGUGAUGGUGAUGGUGAUGGUGAAGAGUUACCUUUGUCUGAUGGUGAUGAUAUUGGGAAGAUUAAACGGCGCAUUGCUAAUGUGCUGGAGGAUGGAGAGACUGUUUUGCAGGCUUUGAGGAGGUUGAAGGGAGCUUCUUCUUCUGCAAGGAACAAGAAGGAGAAGAUGCCCGCUGAGACAAAGCGGGUUUUCGAUCAGUUGACAGAGGAUGCUGUGACCCUGAUGGACAAGUAUGGGGAGUACAAUGUGAAUCAUGAGAAGAGGGAGAUUUUUGAGCGUGAGGCUCAAGGGUACGAGAGUUUAGCUAGGGCAAGAAGCCAAGGCGCGGCAUUGGGUACGAAUAAUGGUGCUGAAUCUGCUGGAGAUGAAUAUGAUAUGUUUGGUGAAGAAGAUGAAGAUGCAACUGCUCAAGCAUCGAAUUCAGAUGGUGGUCCGUCGCAAUUGGAGAAUGAUUAUUUGUUUGAUGAGUCUUCUGGGUACUAUUAUAGCAGCAGUUUGGGGUAUUAUUAUGAUCCAUCUACUGGACUCUAUUGCUCUGCUGCUUCUGGGCUAUGGUACUCGUUCAAUGAGGAGACUGGAGCAUAUGAUGAAAUCACUCACCAUGGCCAGGCUGCUGCUGCUGCUGAUGCUGAGACCGGUGCAAAUUGA